UCAUUGAGAAAAACUGUGUCAACCAUAGGGUCCCAAAGGAUGGCACUGCUUUCCUCCUAAUUAAACAAAUUAGAAAGUAACUGAAUAAAAAAUUAUGGGAAGUAAAGGAGAGGAACUAGAAAAGAAUGAUUUUGAGAAAGAGAAGGCAGUUUGCUUCUGAGCUCAGUUCCGGUCCCUGGAGGGCAGCGGGCAUCAGCUGAGCAUCAGGGAGAAAACCCAGGCAGACAGGACAUGUGGCGGCUCCUGGUUCUGUUCCUUCCCAUCAUCCAAGAACCAUGGCUGCUGGGGCAGGAGGCAGACAGUGUCCCUUCUGGGAAGGAGGACAUCAUGGGAAAUAAAAAGACCCCAUUAACUCACCUACUGACUUCAUCCUAUGUGCAGAGGCUCAUCUGCCCUCACAGCAGUGUCCAGUGCAGUGAGUGGCCCACUGCGGGGUUCACUGACUGUGCAGUGUCGCUAUGGACAUGGGUGGGAGACCUACUAUAAGUGGUGGUGUCAAGGAGCCGAGUGGAGUGACUGCCAUAUCCUCGUUCAAACCGACGGAUCAGAGCGGCAAGUGAAGCGUGACCGAGUGUCCAUCAAGGACAACUGGGAAUCACGCACAUUCACCGUGACCAUGGAGGACCUCAGGUGGAACAGUGCAGACACUUACUGGUGUGGGAUUGCGAGAGCUGGAACUGAUCUUGGGGUCACAGUUAAAGUGACCAUCGACCCAGUGACCGUGCAGUGUCACUACAGCCCGGCUUGGGAGACCUUCGUGAAGUCAUGGUGUCCGGACACGGAUUUGAAUAGCUGCCGCAUCCUUGUUCAAACCACCGGACCUGAGCUGAGGAAGAACCAGCUGUCCAUUGAUCAGAAGAAGCGCACAUUCUCCAUGACCAUUUGGGGCUAGUGAAACAAGUUUUGAGAACAAUCAGCUGUGUUCUGAAGAGUUGCUGCCCAGGCAUUUUAUAGUAGGGCAACCCUGCUCACUCCGGAAAUCUAGAGCUUAGAUAAGGCUCUCUAGAACUCCUCCAUACGUUCCUGUUUUGCUUUUCUUGAGGCACGUUUCGAAAUAACCACUUGGAGUUGAGCCCAGGAAAAAUCAGUGACCUCUGUCCUGACCACGGUGUAAGUAAGAGGACCUGCCACCCUACUCUGGGGCUCCUGCUCCCUCAUGGUCUGGGAUGGAGGACCGCCCUUCCCAGGCUCACUGGGCGCCUCUCCCCUACAGCUGUAAGCAAUAAACAUUGUGACUCUCC